CAUUUAAUCGUAACGCGCGCGUGUUUAACUUUGACAAAAUAUAUAUACUUAAAAUAUGGCAUAUGCCAAAUUUUUGCUUAUCUUUGCUUUCGCAGCUUUUUCUCUAACAGGAGUCUAUGGACAUGGAAUGCUUAUGGAACCUGUGAAUAGAGCAAGUGCUUGGAGAAAAGGCUUUAAAACACCUAUUAAUUAUGAUGAUGAUGGAAAUUAUUGCGGCGGUCUAUCUGUACAAAUAAGUAAUAAUGGCAAAUGUGGUCUCUGUGGUGACGAUUAUAGAAUGCCACAGCCUAGACCAAAUGAAAAUGGCGGAACGUAUGGAGUUGGUACUAUCGUUAAAACCUACAAAGCAGGUCAAAUGAUUGAACUGGUGGUCAAAUUAACUGCGAAUCAUAUGGGUCAUUUUCAGUAUUCAAUUUGCCCCUUAAACUACGACAAAGAAUUAGAAACUGAAGAAUGUUUCGCCGAACAUCUAUUGAAACUGACAGAUGGCAACAAUAAAUACGUAUUAAAAAGUUCUAAUAGUGGAAUUUAUAAGAUGAACGCUUAUUUGCCACAGGACCUUACUUGUGAACACUGUGUACUCAGAUGGGAAUAUACUGCUGCAAAUAAUUGGGGCAAAUGUGAAGAUGGCACUCAUAAGAUGGGUUGCGGACCACAGGAAACUUUCAAAACUUGCUCUGAUAUUCGUAUAGUGCCUUAAUAAUCUUUUAACAAAAAAAUGUAAGGCCUGGUCUACAAUACAUGGAGUAAGCAAGGAAUAAGAAGUAAGAAUAAGGUAAUUUCCUUCUGCACUGUGAUUGACCGAGCAGGAGUAGAAGUAAGACGAAAUGAAAAUAAAUUAUUUCGCUUACGUUCUUACGCCAGCUUUCUUACACUGAAUUAACCCUUUUAUGCCUGGUCUUACUUCUUAUUCCAUGAUUACUCCAGCUAUUGUAGACCAGGCCUAAUAGUGAAAUGUAUGUGUAUGAAAAGAUUUAAAAAAAACUACACUGGCAUAAACCUUCUAAAACGGCAUUCUCUUAUUUCUCAAAAAUUAAACAUUGCAUUUCAUUUUAUAAUGUUUAAUAAU